AGGUUCAAGUAUGUUUGCAUAGGUGACAAAACAAACUAAAUUUAGUGUUAUAUUUGAUGCAAGAUAACAUUUCCACAUUAAGUAAAUUAAGUUGCAUUUCGUUCAGAAUGGAAGGGCUUUCAAUCAAUGCCAGCAGCAAUCGUAUGACGUGCCUUGCAAGAGAAAAGGAAGAGAAGCGUGCUCAAGAGCGGAGAAGAAAUUUGCUGUAUCUUGUGGCAGAUUUCCUACAAGAGCAAGGAUACACGGAUGCAUGUGAAGUGUUUGCUAACGAAGCGCAUCUUUCGACUGAUAUUGAGAUCUGCGAUAAUAUUGACCUCGAAACUAUUUUGUUGGAAUAUUCAGACUACUACUUUGCAAAAUUUAAUAAAUAUCCCAAGAUAUGCAAAAGAGGAGAAUCGAACUUUACCAACGCCACAAAUAAGAAAGAGAAGAACAAAAGCGCCAAUAAAAGUCACCGGAAAACGGACGAGGAAUCAAUAAAACACGCGAAUGAUAAUUCUAACAAUGCGGCAGAAAAAGUAAAAAAUAAUUCUUUGAAAACAGAGCCCAACUUUAACAUUACUGUAAAACCAUUGUUUCCGACAACCAAUUUCGAGAACGAUCAAGAUAAAACUAAUAAUGACGUAGAUAUCGAUUUCGACUGCAACAACUCUUUGAAACCACUUGGUAAACUUUACCCCACGGGAACAGAGUGGCGUGAAAUAGCCGAGAUGAUUGCAAAGGAGAUAGUUCUAACUAACUUAAAUGUACGUUGGAAUGAUGUCAAGGGACUUGAGGAAUGUAAAGAUCUGUUAAAGGAAGCAGCUGUUUAUCCUUUCAAAUACCCAUAUAUGUUUAACAAUAGAUUAACACCCUGGAAAGGUGUACUACUGUACGGGCCACCUGGUACAGGAAAGACAAUGUUAGCAAAAGCAGUUGCGACUGAGUGCAAAGCAACUUUUUUCAAUAUCACUUCCAGCUCUCUCAUUAGUAAGUGGCGAGGCGAAAGUGAAAAGUACGUCCGGGUACUGUUAGACUUAGCUAAAUACUACGCUCCUGCGAUAAUAUUCAUUGAUGAAGUUGAUUGGACCGUGAGCGGAGGAGGUAGUGACACAGGAAAUAAUAAGUCUGAACCGAGCCGAAGAUUCCGAGCGGAACUGUUGGCUCGCCUUGAUGGUCUCUUAUCGAUGGAAAAUGCUAACGUACUUUUAUUAGCGGCUACGAAUGUUCCAUGGGAAUUGGAUACGGCUUUACUACGACGACUUGAAAAACGUAUUUACGUAGGUUUACCGGAUGAACAAGCAAGACAUCAAAUUUUUAAAGUUUACCUGAAACCUGAUCUGAUGGACAAAUUGGAGUAUAAAACUGUAUUAAACAAGACUAAUGGUUAUUCGUGCGCAGAUUUAAAACUGUUAUGUAAAGAAGCAUGGAUGAUGCAGCUUCGUCCAAUAUGGGCUUACUUAGAAAAUAAGAGUUUAUCUUUAAAGGAUUAUAAAAAUGAUGAAGGUGUAAAUGAUUUGACUUACAUAACAAAAGCCAUGAGUUCUAUCAAACCGAUUGCUCAAAUUACACAAUUAAGAUAUUCUAAAUGGGAUAAAAGUUUUAAUCAACAAGAUGAUGUAAUGAUGAAUGAAUGUAGAACAGAUAGAACAACUGAAUGUAGAUACGUAGAAUAUGAUAAAUGAA